GGUAGUGGGUGAUGGUUGUAGUGUUGUUUGAAACUUUGUGAACUUAAAACUUGUCGGGUACGCAGUAGUAUUUAUCGGUCUUAAGUAUUUUGUGCUAUUCGAAGAAAAUAGGUGCCGUUAACUGUGAGUCAAAAUAGUCCAUUCUAAUUUAUUUGAAGUCAUCGGGAUUCAAAUUUAACCUCUCCACCACAGGUCGGGGUUUUAGUUCUGUCGCUGGUGACUUGGAACAGCCUUGAAUAAAUUUCCACAACAACAUGAGCUAUACAGACGACGAGACAAGUCAGUGUUUGUGACGUAACAAAAUCUAAAAAUAACUCACAGCAUUUGACCUCAGCGGUUUGACUCUUUACACAUUAGUGUCAUAGUGGCCCAUCUGUGGUUUUAAAAGUUUAGACCUGUCAAUAUUUUGUUAUUUUAUUAUUUUACAAAGUGUGAUGCGGAGCAACUUUAACGGAUAAGUCGAAGUGCGGGGUUUGUUUGGCGAUAAUCCUGGAUUCCUGUGUAAAUUGAUAAAGAAAAAAUAAAUUUACAAUCUUCUCAAGGUCUGAUUGGAGUCUUCAAACAUCUAAUGAUAGCUGCUUGCUGUGAGAGCCACGGUGGACCCGCUAUGGCAUUUAACCCCCUCGUCCACAGGUGAGGUGGAGGGGACGGCCGGCUGGCCAUGCAGGCCGGGCCUCUAACACUCUUCGUCCACUUGCUGUUGUUGACCUCCGCGUGUGUGGCGUCGCACACGACAGUCACACUCGCAGUCGCACCCUCUACCACCGCCGCAUCGACCACAGUCGCGCCACCGACGCCCCCGCCACACAUCAACAAGAACCUAACCAUUGGCUACCUGACGGCGAUCAGAGGUGACUUGCGCGACCGACAGGGCCUCCUAGUCUCCGGCGCCAUACAGAUGGCUGUGGACAAGGUGAACUCCGACCCGUCGCUGCUGCCCAACGUGACUCUGGUACUCAAAUGGCAAGACAUGCGCGGUGACACGGUGAUCAGCACACGCCUCAUCACCGAGAUGAUCUGCGAGGGUAUCUACGCGUUUUUCGGCCCCGAGGGCUCGUGCUACGUCGAAGCCAUCGUCUCCCAAUCUCGCAACAUUCCCAUGCUCAGCUAUAAAUGUUCGGACCAUCGUGCGUCGGCCGUGCCAACAUUUGUCAGGACAGAACCUCCAGAUACUCAGGUGACCAAAUCAGUGAUAGCAUUGUUGAAGUACUACGAUUGGAAGAAGUUUUGUAUCAUAUGGGAAGAUGAUUGGGAGAUAGUGGCGGAGUCAUUGCACAAAGAAGCCAACCAGGCCAACAUGACAGUGACUUGUGUGCGUCCCAUCCAGAGCAGUGCCAAGUGUUGUAGAGAUCUCCUGCCCUGCUGUACCAGUGGAUUCUGGUACAACAUGCUCAUAGAAACCAGAAACCUCACUAGAAUUUACGUGUUCUUUGGCCAGUCCAAGACUCUUGUGGACAUGAUGGAGAACAUGGAUGCGCUGCAACUUUUUGACAACGGAGAGUACAUGGUGAUAUUUGUGGAUCUCACGACUUACUCAAUCAAAGAAGCCUCCAAAUACUUCUGGAGGAUAGAGAAUCCCAAAUCCGGGAAGACACUGGUGAGUUGUAGCGAAGAAAUGAACUACCUGCGUAGAGCUCAGUCGCUGCUGGUCGUAGUUCCGUCCCCUCCGGCUGAAACGUACGAGGAGUUUUCAGAUAAAGUCCGAGAAUACAACGCUCAACCUCCGUUCAACUUCCCUACACCUCCUGUGUUCACCACUAGUGAUAUGUCCAAGUUCAUCUCCGUAACAGCCGCCAACCUGUAUGACGCAGUGUUGUUGUAUGCUCGUGCCUUAGACAAGCUGUUGAAGGAAGAACCUGUACUAAAUGAGACAGUCGUCGAACAAGUUGCCACUAACGGAACUAGAAUCAUCGAGACCAUCAUUAAAAACAGAACGUACGAGAGUAUAACAGGUGCAACAAACAAGCUAGACUUGAAUGGUGAUUCGGAAGGCAAUUUCUCAGUGGUCGCAUUCAAGAAGUUUUAUCACUACAUCAAGAUGCCCACUUAUAACUUCACUUGCGACUACAACUUCAUCCCGGUCGGCCAGUUCUUCCAAGGAGAUACGCUUCCAGAGUAUAAGCUCAACUCCCCGAGUCUCCAGCCGGACUGGGUCGGUGGUCGCAAGCCUGACGACGAGCCGAGCUGCGGUUUCCACAACGAACUGUGCGCCAAAGAUGACUCCCAGGAGAGUGGUGUUAUCAUAGCAAUGGCGUUGGGUAUCCUCCUCUUCUGUUCGAGCGUCUUUACUCUCAGCAUGUACCGCAAGUGGAGAAUCGAGCAGGAAAUCGAAGGUCUCCUCUGGAAAAUCGACCUGGCCGAUCUACUUAGUUACUAUAACAACGAUAUUGUCUCGUCACCCAGUAAGACGUCUUUAGUGAGCGCAACGUCAAUAGAGUCGAGAUGUGGAGGUCAGGUUUUCGCAGCCACUGGACAAUACCGAGGUGUCGUCGUGAGGAUAAAAGAGCUCAAGUUCUCCAAGAAGAAGGACAUCACGCGUGAAACGAUGAAGGAAAUGCGACGCCUACGAGAGAUUAGGCACGAUAAUAUUAACUCUUUCAUUGGAGCGUCAGUGGAGCCUAUGAGGAUACUGAUCAUAACCGAUUACUGCGCUAAGGGUAGUCUGUAUGAUAUUGUAGAAAACGAAGAUAUCAAGUUGGACAAAAUGUUCAUCGCUUCUCUAGUCAAUGAUCUCAUUAAGGGUAUGCUGUACCUACACACGUCUGCCAAUAUGCCACACGGUAACCUCAAAUCCAGCAACUGCGUGGUGACCAGCCGCUGGGUCCUACAAGUCACGGACUUCGGCCUGCACGAGAUGCGACAGUGUGCCGAGAACGACAGCAUCGGAGAGCACCAGUAUUACCGCAAUCUGUUAUGGAAGGCACCCGAGCUCUUGAGAGAUCCUCAUGCCCCAGUGGACGGAACUCUCAAAGGAGACGUCUACGCCUUCGCAAUCAUCAUGCAUGAAAUCAUCGGCAGGAGGGGACCCUUUGGCGCUUGUGGCUUCGAUGAACCUUCAGAGAUCAUCAAGAUGGUGCGCCAGGUGCCGGGCCCGGGUGAAGCUCCGUUCAGACCUAACCUAGAACAGCUGCGAGACAGUGAGGCUGGACAGGACUAUGUGCUGGCUGUCAUACAGGAAUGUUGGGCAGAACAGCCAGAACUGAGGCCAGACUUCCGCACGAUAAGAGCGUCUCUCAAGAACAUGCGGGAAGGCAAACAGAAGAACAUUAUGGAUCAGAUGAUGGACAUGAUGGAGAAGUACGCCAACAAUUUGGAGGACCUCGUCAACCAGAGAACACUAGAGGUGUACGAGGAGAAGCGGAAAACGGAGGAUUUGCUGCAUCGGAUGUUACCUGCGCCUGUGGCAGCAAGACUAACGCGAGGAUUUGGUGUGGAACCGGAGUCAUUUGACCUUGUUACCAUCUACUUUAGUGAUAUCGUAGGCUUCACACAAAUGUCCGCUGAAAGCACACCUCUGCAGGUGGUAAACUUCUUGAACGACCUGUACACAUUGUUUGACAGAAUCAUCAAAGGUUACGACGUCUACAAAGUAGAGACUAUCGGAGACGCUUACAUGGUCGUUUCAGGGCUGCCUAUCCGCAACGGAGACAAGCACGUCGGGGAGAUCGCCUCCAUGUCACUGGAUCUACUAGAGGCUGUCAAGAACUAUCAGAUUGCUCAUCGGCCCCACGACACCUUGCAGCUGCGGAUAGGAGUACACACUGGUCCGGUGGUUGCUGGUGUGGUGGGGCUGACGAUGCCGAGGUAUUGUCUGUUUGGCGACACCGUCAACACUGCCUCGCGUAUGGAGAGCAACGGACUACCUCUGAAAAUACACAUCAGCCCUCAGUGUAGACAGGCCUUGAUCAAGAUUGGAGGAUACACCAUGGAGGAGCGGGGGGUGGUUCAUAUGAAGGGGAAGGGGGAUGUGUUAACCUAUUGGCUGACAGGAGUGACUGAGGGAGCUAUCAGACGACGAGAGACUGAGUCGGUGACAAUCAUCUACCCAAAUGAUAUCAUCCAAGAGUCAAACGCAGCUCUGGUUAACGUCGACGAGCUGCCUCCUCUCUUCUGCCGACCUCAUCGCAGUCCCAAACAGAUGGGAGAGGAUCGUCGGUUAGAGCGGCGCCAGUCCUCGGUGCCGAGGGGCAACUCUGAGGACCGAGGGGUGCCCAACAACUUUCCCGGACCCCUGCGCCGCUUGGUGCGAGAGUCUCACUCUCUAGACCCCUUUCCUGACAAACGGCUGGAGAAGAUCGGAACUGUCAAACGCAGCUUGCUCUCGUUACAGGAAAACAACCUGAUGACCUGUAACGGGCCCAAUGGAGAGCGAGUGGUUGGCAACGGAGGUCUAGUGUGCGAUCCUCUUCUGGACCACAAGCGAUGGCACUCAUUGGAGGACAUGCCACUUGACAACGUCUCCGCCUCCAAGAAGAUCAUCACUCGCUCGUCCAUCCGCUCGUGGCUGUUCGGACUGUUCAACAACAACGGGUGUCGCAGUGACUUGAACCUCCGCAAGAACUGUACCUACACGGAGAUGCAGGCGGAGAAGGAGAGUAUUGUAUGACCCGGGGAGCUACACAUGUAGUGGGUCAUUGUCUAGUCGGAAAUGUAUGUAGAGUUUGUCAAGCUAAGCAACGGUUGAGUCUCAAUAAUUCGACCUAAAACCGGUAUCAGAAAAUACUAAAAGCUGGAUACACAUUGAAAUGAAAAAAAUUUCUACGUUGUAAAACCGAUUUGAGGUUUUAAUUUUAUCUUUCGCUAACUACUAACUAUUCCUACACAGAAACAUAAAAUACAAGGUGUCCCAAAAAAAAUUUUUUUUUUAAAUUGCAAUUCAUCUUUUUAAUGUUAUAGGAAAAUAGUUUAAGUUCUCGUUUUAAUUCUUAUCUCUAAAUCCAACAGUUUUUGAGAUACCAAUGGUGGCACAGUUGGGUUGUUCACCUUGUAUACAGGGUUGUCAAUCAUAUAUAAUUGUGUUGUGCAGUACGCCAAAACAAUAAGAAAGUACAGUCAAGCACAGUUCUCUAAAGCAUGGUGCUCAUUUCCCGAAUACAUUCAGGAGCAAGGAAAGGAAUCGUUUUGACACUCUCCCGAUUGUGUACCUUACCACUAAAAAAAACAUGUGAUUUCACAGUCUUUAAUCGUCCACAGGUAUAAAGAAGGUCGUAUAACCGAAGUCGCUUAAUUGAGACUCUACUGUCAAAAGAAAAUUUAUCAGGAGUAAAUUGUUUUAUAACCGAGACAGUAGAAAUAUUGAAGAAUUUAAAUGCAGAUGUAGAAUAGUGGAGCGAGGUAUGUCCACAAUGAUCAGAAAUUUAAUUUGAGAUGUAAUAAACUCUCAAUUCAGGAUUGGCCAAUUUGAUUUAAAAAAAUCAAAUUUAUCUUAGGCCUACAUAAAUAUGUCUAAAUCAUAGUUUCUUUUAGUUUUUUUCUUGUUUUGUUCACCAAAAUAUAUGAUUUAUGGUGAAAUGAUAAUCGGGGAUUGCAUAAGCGCUUAGGGUGAAAUUUGUUUAAUUUCAUCUGUGUGUUUCUUGAGUGCUGUUUUUGUGGUUGAUUUUUUAUGCAAACAAGUCUUGCUUUUAACCAAACAACUUUGCUCAUUUUCACUCAUUUAUUGAGCAGUUGGUGUUUUAAUUAGUACAGUACAUGCUUUGAAGGAAAACAAAAUAUUUAUAUAUUGGUUCAAUGUUCGAUCAGCAUAAAAUAUUUUUUCAUAUACAGUAGACUCUCGCCCAUCCGGACUAAUGUGGCGGACGUCCGGUACGGUGCGAAAAAUCCGGACUAUCGAGAGACGAGCAAAUACAGUACUGUAUAUAGCCGUUAUUUCAAUUUUGUUCCAGGUCCACAGUAUUGAUAGCUGGGGAAAUGCAGUUCCACCGGUAAUAAGUUUUACUGUCGUGUUAUCCCAGUUUUUGAUUAUCCGAGGUAGUCUCGGUCCCGUUUAGCUCAGAUAAUCGGACUACUACUGUACUGUGCCGCAAAAAAAAUCACGAUUGCCGAUCCGGACUAGCGAAAGUAAGGACAAGGCUGAUCCGGAUGAGCGUGAGUCUACUGUAUUUGAAUUUGUACUAAAUUUUUGUAUGUAGAUAACAGUUUGUUCUGUUAGUGUGUAGAUAAUAGAUUCAGGUACAACUAAUUCUAUAAAUUUACUAAUAAUAUUUUUAAGUAAUCUACAAAAAAGAGGAACAUUUGAAUUUUGAGGAUAACAAUAUUUUUGGGUAUCAAUCAAGUAAAACUGUAAUACUACUGAGAAAGAUCUUGUAAAGAUUGUGAGUGUUUGGUGCUUUAUGGAUUUGUACGUCGCGGGACUGAUAUAAGUCAGUCGCCAGCAAUUGUGAUAUCUUGAGCCUAGUGUUAAGUUUUGUCAAUUUUUGGAAUGGUGCGAUCGCUUUUCAGAGGCCUUAUUUUUCAAUAUAGUCAAUGAAUGCAUGAACUGUAAGGUCUGUAAAACCCCAUUUUUUAUAACGGUGAGAUUUUACACUGGUUUUACAAUCAUUUAAUGGUCUCAUUUACUUAUAAAAUAAUGAUUGUAAAUGUACAAAACCAUCAUUGUUUUCUUUUUGUAUCUUUUCCUUCUACUUUCAAGGAUUAUUAUCUAAUAAAAUUUAGAACUUAGUUCGGUCACUAAGCACUAAAUAAAGUAUACAACACUUAAACAACCAGUUUUGACCUUACUGUUUAUGUUUUCAUUGCUUUUGUCGAAGUUUUGUAAAAUGUUCACUAUAUCAAGUGCCUGUUUGGACUAUACAAUCUUAAAACUGUAUUACGUUAUACAAAUGUAAUAUUGUAUUUAUUUUUUAGUUCAAAGUAAGCAUUGUAAAAAUUUAUGUUGUGAUACAUGUAAAGUAUGAUUGUUUAUAUUUUGUUGUGAUUGGUCUAAAAUUAUUCUAAAAUGUUAUGUCGAUAUUGUGAUUCUAUAUCUUCUCUUUGUUAUUUGUACAAUUUAUAUUUCAAUUUUGUUAUUUUUUAUGGAUAAUACAUUUAUCUUUAUUUUUCUUGUUGCUUGUACUUCUGAUUACCUUUUUAACAAUGUCGGUGCUAUAUAGUUAGAAUUUUCCCCUUUAUCGCUAUAUUUUGCGGAUAGUAACAUCUUUGUACUUUAACGAUUCAGUUAUCUAUUAUUUUUUCAUGUUUUUAAUAGUUUCAACUAAACAAAUACCGUAUCAACGUUAAAAAGCUAUGAACGUUUAUACUCUUUUCUUUUCAUUUAGUUUUUUCCCAAAAUUUGUUUAGUGUACUUUACUCUAAAAUAACUUUCCUUUUGUGUUCCCUUGAAUGUAGUUGAAAAUAUGAGAGGGCUUCAGCAUAUCAGUGGUGCCUAGUGUCAAUUAUUUGUUCAUUGUUAUUUUGGAUUUGAAGGUAACCUUAAAAGUUCUGUAGUUUAAAUUAAAUAAAUGUUGGAACAAAAUAUUUCUUGUAAAAAAGCCCCCACAAACUGGAAUAUUAACCUUCAAUGGUUUUCUUACAUUUCUCUCUGGGAUUAAACGUUUUCUCACCUUUUACAAUAUUUUAAAUUUAAUUUUAUAUUUCCCCCUUAAACCUGGAUGCUAAGUAUAAUAGACUGUUAUAUAUCCUAAGUGUCUCAAAAAGUGAAAGCCGAUCAUGUGCAAUUGUACUGAUAAUAUAUUUUUAUAUUAAUCAUUUCAACACAAGUUGCUGUUUUCUCGACUGCUAGAGUCGAGAGAACUAAUUUUGCUACAAAGUCGUUUGCAUUCCCUUUCAAAUACAGGUACGAUAGUUAACCCCCAAGUUAUUUAAAUAACCGACUUUGGGGAUUUUGUGAUAAAAGUAGUGUAAGUCAUGUAAAUAUUUAGUUGUCGAUAGUUUUUGUAAGUUUUAGUUUAUUUACAAUUACGUUGCCAUAUUGUUAUUUUAGUCUCGAUUUUAUAAUUUAUUGUUUUCUCUUGUCGUUUUCGCCAUGAAAAUAUAGGGUGGUAAAUUUUGUGGCCAUAUAAGUUUAUGUAUUAACUGUACAGUUAUCCUUACUGUUGUAUAUAUACCCACGUUAUUAUAAGUGUCUAUUUGUUAAUGUUGUUGUUUGUAUUUUAUAAAAUAUUACAGUUGAAAAUUGCUGGAUACUCUGAUGAUGUUAAAAGUUUAUAAAUUGCUGUGUAUAAUUUCAAGUUAUAAAUGUAAAUAAAUUAUGCCACUGUGAAUUUC